AUGCGGAAACGGAUCGACCUUUGGAUGUUUCUUCAGCUUCUUCCAGUCUUGCAAGGGAUUUCAGCCGUUAUCAGUAUCAAAUCGUUCAGUUUGGAUGAGGUCAAUAUUCUUAUUUUUCUUUUUUGAAGUUUCAAGUUUCAAGAAAUUAAUAAAAGUCUCUCUCAGAAGUAUUCCGUGGUAUAGGUAAAAAGAGACCACAUAAGCUUUUGGAAUAAUUGUUUAGCUUUUUGGCCUUUUUUUGGCGGUUUUAAAUCUUUCAAGGACAAAAAUUAAAAAUUCGCUCUACGGCUUACUAUAAAAAUAUUUUUUUCAAUAUUUAAAAAAAUAAUUAAAAAAACACGAGGAUUUUUGAAAAAAAUGUCAGGAAGGAAUUUUUUUUAUAAUUUUUUUCAUUCACCUUUGCAGAAACUCAAACGAUGUUCCUUUAUUUGGCUUUCAAAUUUUUUUUUUGAAAUUCCUAACUCGCUCUAGAUAACAGUUUCCGCGCAGAAACUUAGGGACCGCAGACCAAUUUUCAAAAAAUUUUUUUCAGCAUUGAGCUUUGUAUGGUUUGAUAGCUGUUUCGAUUCAAAACUCAGAACCGUUUAGUUUUUCGAAAAAGAUUGAGGAUGAAAAAAGUUAUGACGAAAAAUGUGGCGCGCCGCGCACCAUUUUUUUAGUACUGAAAUUUUGGUAUUAUCCAUUUUGACAUUUUUCUCGAUUUUUCUUCUAGAACAAGUUUUGAUACUGGUCUAUUAUGAUGUAACAAAUCAUAAUAGAGUGCUAAAAUGAUGCUCAUCAGCUAGUUUGCCGAAAAAGUCGGUAUUUUCCAGAAAACAAAAAACUGACGCUUGCGGGCAUCGAACUCGCGACCUCAAAAUGAAAAAUCGCAGCGCACGCGCUGCGCCAAGCUGCUAGGUCUAGCAAGGGGAGCUUCCAUCCGCCUUACCCUUGAGCCGUUUAGAUAGCACAGAUUGCCUAUUUCAAAAAUAAAAACUUGAAGUAAUUCAGCUAUUUUUAUCAGAAUAUGUUCGCAAAUCUUUACUCAAACUUUCCGUGAAAAUUCACUUCGAAAAACUGUUUUUUAGUGCUUUUUUCCUCGUUUAACGAUCGCUGCCUUAAAACGGCCCCCGUAAAUUUUUGGCAAAGACGAAUUUUUAUUUUUAUUCUUUUAAUUGAAAGAUUUUUUUCACUAAUAAAUGUAUAUAAUCGUUUAAAAACCUGCGUUCGGCCGCUUUCUGUGUGAUAAACGCCGCUAAUUUUAUUCUCUAGUUUCAAGAGCAUUUUUGCGUAUUAAACAACUAUUUCAAGCACAGAUACUGUGAAGAAAAAAAAUUUAAGUAAGGCCAUGAUCUAAAUUUUUUUAAAAAAACAAAAAAACUUGAUUAUAUUCGCUUAUUAACGAUAUUUUUGAAUUAUGACUUUCGGCGCUCCCUAAAAAUUUUUGGCAAAGACGAAUUUUUUUAUUUUAUUGUUUUAAAAUUUUCGUUACUUGAAUCAAAAAUCAUUAUUUAAAAAGAAAGAGUGCGUUCGACCUGAAAACACAUGAAAAAAGCAAAAAAUGACAAAAUUUUUUAGUUCCAUUCACGUUUUUGUACGACAUUCCGCGAGAACGCAUCAAAAAAGCGUGAAAUAUUUUUUAAACGAAAGAGGAAGCUUUUCUGUACAUGUGUGUCAAAUUUUAUUCGCCAGUUCCACAUAUUUUGCAACUACAACAAAAUGAAAGUUGAAAACCAAAAAAAAGCCACUUUUUCUAUCGCGAAAAGGGGCGUGGCUUUGCGGUCCCUACAGAAACUUCAUACACAAAAAAAAAAUUACGAAACUUUCAUUUUUCUUCUUUGGUUUAAACGGUAUUUAGGUGAGCUUGGAACCGGCUCCCAAGCCGUCGUUCAUGAUAAAUGCCACUCACGAGGCCAUCGAACAGUUCAUGGCUAUUUAUCGGACGCCUGGAAUCGGACAGCAAAGGAAGGUUGGUUUUUAGUAAUCGAUUUCAAAAUAACAUUCUUUUCUCAGUUUUUUUCCAUAAUCUUAUCAAAAUUUCUCUUCUUAAUGCUUGAUCGUGAGGUGAAGCUCAAAACUGGCUUGUAAACUCAAUUCCUUAAGUUAGAUGAAUCUUUUUCGAUUUUCGAAAGUUUUUUUUAAGUUUGCACAAAAAUAAUCUCUGAGAGACUUUAUGAUUUUUUUUUCCAUUUGGCAAGCCAGAAACUUUUUUUGAAAAAAAUAUUUGAUCCGAAGAAAAGUUUCUACGUUUUACGCUUUUCAAAGUUUCGAUAUUUUUUAUCGAUUGUACUGGGAAGACCCUCGGUGGCCACUUCAGAGGUUCCUCAAGGGCUACUUGGAGAGGACACUAAAGUGACCACUAAACCCACCUCUAUAGUGGCCACUAUUUUCCGUUUUAGGGGCUAUAUAGGUUCUCUACCUAGUGGCCACUUCAGUAGUUUUUCAUCCAAUAUUCCUCCCAGUAACUCUGAUAAUUUUGAAACAAGCAGAUUGGACCAGUUAUGUUGAUCCAUUGACCCCUAAAUAGGCCACUUAGAUUUUUAAUUGGUCUAGUAGUAGCACUUAGACCUCUAUAGUGGCCACUGACUUUUAACCCCGUAAGUGACCACUAAUUUUACUACUAUAGUGACCACUAAAACGUCAAAACCCUAAAUUGGUCACUUAAAAUUUCCCAGUAUAAUAUUUUUAUAUUUUUCCCUAGUCCUUUAGAUAUUUUCCAGAUGACAGAACUCGACGUCUUGGUUGGGACCUUAAGACCAGAAGUCCAACAAUCUUACACUUCCUACAAAGCAGAAGCCGUUCUCCUGAAGUUGACCCAAGACGAGAGACUUCAAGAAAUCGCGGAAAAGGUUACUUUUACUUCUUUUCACCGAAUUUUAAAAUAUUUUCAGGGCCACUACACGAUGGCUCACCUACAAGCGAUAAGGGAUAGCAAAGUCGGGAGCAAUGAAAAGAAAAAACGGACCGAACUUGUGUUCAGCGAGUUUUCCGACUUUUUGGUGAGUUGAAAUUCGCUUUUCACUUUUUUGAUAAAAUACAAACAAGAAGAUUCAUGAAGAAAUAUUUAAAAAGGGUAAAAUUAAAUUAAAAACCUGCAAGUAGUGGUGGAAAUCUACGAUUCGUUCGAGUUUCUCUCUUCAUUUUCUUCCUUGUUGUCAAUCAUCAAUGUCCCGUUGCCUUAAGUAAUUUAUAUUCAGCGGUAGAAGAAAAAAAAGGUACAAUAAGAUUAUAAAUUGGUUCUAACCUUUUUCUAGAAAUGAAGUGUGCAAAAUCUUCGCAGAAAUUUUUUUUUUGAAAGUUUUCAAAUCCCGCCCAUGUUUUUCCCGUAAAGUGUAGUGUUUAUUUCCCAUGCACUGCGGCGCUCUUGUACAUGUCUUGUUUUCAAAGUAAUUUUGGAGAAAUUCAAAAUCAUUUCGGAAUUUCGAAAAUUCAGUUAUGUUCUCACUUUCUGGUGGCUAUUUGGAAUUUCGCGGAAUCACUUUAAUUCACUCGCAGUAAUAGCCACGAUUUUGGCGCAAAAAACUCAUUAAAACAGGGAAAAAUUGAAAUUAAAAACAAAUUUUUUUGAGAUGCUCAGGGAAAAGCUGAAGUAAGCCCUCUAGGAAGGAAAACCCCCUUACGGGAUAUACUAAAGGACCCUCUUCUGCGUCCCCUUUAGGACACACUUCAGCUUUUCCCAGGUUUGAUUCGUGAAUGCAAAAAUUUGAGUGUAAAUAAAAUUAGUUUGACUCAAAACUCGCUGGAAACAAAUAAAGUUUCGGCCUGAUAAAAAACGAUUCCACUGUAGUGACCUACGUCUCAUCACAAAAAGUCAUUGGAUUAUUUAAAAUGAGCAAUUUGAAUAGUUUCGAAGAAAAUGAAUUUAAUUUCAGGUCCAAGCUGUAAGCGACGAGGUGAGCAACGUCCUGGACCUCGUGAUGCGACAGAUGCUUCGGGCCUUGAUGUUCACCGAGAAAAUGACUGUUUGA